CGCGCAGCACAGGAUCUUCGCGGCAUCUUCCCUGGAUGAGGAGCUCGGAAAACGGGGAUCCCGACUUGUCUCGCUCAAGUUCGUCCGCCGCGCGCGCCUUUCCUUGGGAUCAUAUCGCACCCGCGCCGCGGUCUUUGAGCGCAGGACGCGUGCCGUGGCAUCUCCUCGCCUCGCUCUUCCGACACACCUGGGGAUCUGACACGCUGAGCAACAUGCUGAACAACAUGGAUCUGAGCUCGCAGGAUCCGUUCUAUCCACAGUUUGACGGCUGCGGGGGCUCCGGCGUGGGGAUCGAGACCCUCGGAGCGAAGUCGAACCAGGAGGUGUUCGUGGAGCCCGCGAGGGACGCACCUGUCCUCUUCACUCAAGAGGGGGGCGCACCGGUGAACCCCAAAACCGAAGCGGCGGAUUUCUUCUUUGACCCCGCGGAGGGCUGUAAAAGCGGGGCCCCGUCUUCCCUCGCCUACUCCGGCAGCUUCUACGUGGAGACCCCCCAGGGGGCACCGUGCAGCACGGAGACCCUGCUCAACAUGAUCACGGAGAUUGUGGGCAUCUCCAUGUUGCCCAUCUCCGAAUUUCAGGGCGGCGAGCCCGGGCCGUCCGGUUCGGCACCCCCGACCCUGGGCAGCGCCCCCGGCGCGGGGCCGUUCCAGAGCCGGGGGUCCACGUGCUCCGUGGGGGGCGGACACGCCUACCCCGACGGGCAGACGGCUCUCCCGGCUCAGGACUCGACUUCCAGCAAGAGCAACUUCUGCCCCCCGGGGCCGGCGCAGAGCCAGGGGCAGCAGGGCCAGCAGCAGCAGCAGCAGCAGCAGGAGGCGGGGGUCUUCCCGGUGGUGGUCAAGAACGAGUUCGAGAGCAGCUGCUACGAAUGGGACCCCUUCAACAAGCCAGAUCACUUCACCUCGUCGGCUUUCGAGCCCGAGAUGUUCCCGGUGAGCCAGUGUCCCUCCGAUCAGCAGGUGGACGUGAAGGACUUCCUGGACUCCCUGUCCAACAUGUGCCCGGCUUCGGAAAUCGAGUGCAAGCUGGAGAGCGCCAUCAAGCAGGAGCAGUGCAUGAUGGAAAGCUGCACGCAGAGCUUCGGCGCCCCCCUCUUCAAUAACUACCACGUGCCGGUCAUGGACAUCUCCAGCAAUGCGCUGAAACCCGCGCUUUUCCCCGGAGCGGGAGUCCAGGCUGCGGCGAGUCAGUGCGAUCCGGCGUUUGCGCCCUCGGUGCUGUCCGGCUCCAUCGACUCCCUGCUCUACUCCACCUUGUUGCCGGACACGUUGCCCAGGGGCUGCACGCGCGCGGACAAAGCGCCCCGCGUCCGGAAGGCCCCGUCGUCCUCCGGCGGGCCGCCCAAGGAGAAGCCCUUCUCCUGCCCCAUGGAGAACUGCGACCGGCGCUUCUCGCGCUCCGACGAGCUCAACCGGCACAUCCGCAUCCACACGGGCCACAAGCCCUUCCAGUGCCGCAUCUGCCUGCGCAGCUUCAGCCGCAGCGACCACCUGACCACCCACACCCGGACGCACACAGGCGAGAAGCCCUUCUCGUGCGACGUGUGCGGCAAGCGGUUCGCUCGCAGCGACGAGCGGAAGCGGCACGGGCGCGUGCACCUCAAGCAGCGGGAGAAGAUGGAGCUGAAGCCGCAGAUCAUCGGCGCCUGGUCCUUCACUUUGCCCGAGGGCAUCUGAAGGCACGUCGUGCGCUUUUACGCGGCCCACCUACUUGUGCAUGGCGUCCAAUCUUUCCGUCUUGGAAGAUGAAAGCUGUGUGGCGUAGCUGACUUCUCACUGCAAGAGUUGAGGUCUCAGCGCUGGAGGCAUGAGGCAUGAGGCAUGAGGCAUAGGUCCAGUUGACUUGAAGGACCGGUCCUCAGUGCAGCUGUCAAAGCCGGGAGGAGGGAGAGCUUCGUGUCUGGAGAAGAGCGGCAGUGUGCGCCGAGGGGGGUGGGGGGGGAAACCCACAUCCCAAAGGGAAUCGCACCUUCUCAAAUCUCUCCGUCCUGCUGCUGACUGCGAAAUUCUAUGCAACCAGAAGAUGAAUUAUUCAUAAAAGUCGUGAGCGCGCAUCUGUUGGAACCAGAACCAGCCGGGUGGAGAUUCAGACCACCGGAGUUCCUCUCGCAGUGUACCUUCUUCAAGGUUGUGAACCUGUUAUUUCUGAACAAAUGCUCAAUAACGCGAACACUUCAAAUUCAGCAGCCCUGCAUAAGAACAGCUCCGGCAAAAAAAAAAAAAAAAAAAAAGGGGAAAAACGGAUGAGACGAACUGAACUGCGGCCUGGGGUUCGCGCCGCUCGCCGACAGGCCAACGGAGAGUCCAGCGUCAUGUGCUUUCGCUAUUCUUGAAGUCACAACCCCGCUACGUUGUCCCGCCGUGUUUCUUAAAACUGCAUGUUACUGUUACUUUGGAACUGAUGCUUUGGAAACCAAGGCUGUUCUUUUCACACGGGACGGGGCCGAGAGCGGGGAGUGGGGUGGGGGCCUUUCGUAUGACAUGAAUGUAACAUAUCUAUUUCCAUCGAAUACGAAAUUGGCUCAAGAGACCUGCAGCUUUUUUGCUUUCGUUGUUCGGCCCGAUGGUCCCCGUGCUGUAUUAUACCGCAGAAGCAGAUUUGUGAGACCAAUAUAAAAUGUGACAAAUAAAUAUAUUUGUAUGAUCGUAUUUCAAUUUGUAUUUUUCUAACCGUCUUUGUACUUCUUUUCAAGGCGAGUGCUUUCAUGCCGAGGUUCAAAAUUUAAUUGUCUGUUUCUAAACUUGCUCGGCGUGAGGUGGACGCGAAGUGAAGGUACCCGGACCUUAGACAACAAUGCGCGGCGCGUCCGCAUCGUUGCGCGUCUCCAGAACGGGCGCGCAAACGAAAUCCGCAGAGAUGAACGCGCAGCGUAGUCGAUCGGGCGAAUUAGAAAUAUAGCGCCGGUCUCUGAUUUAUUUAAAAGCGUGGCCUGCGGGAAAAAAAGAUGAUAAAUGAUCUGAUUCGCGCCACUCUAUCCAAAGUCACAAGGUAUAUUGUUUGUUUGUCCGGCACGUGGUAAAUAACACCAGAUUUAACUGAAUUUGAAUAGUUCAGGAGAGAACGAUGCCGCAAUACCGUGUCCGAAUGCGUGCGGCUUGCUGAAACGCGUCAUGGAAGGCAGGCCUCCUGUUGAUCCGUUAAAUUGGAGUUAAACCAUCGGGUUUGGGCCACGUUUACAUUGUUGUGUACUGUCUCGGUACCCUUCGACACGCCAUAACCGGAAGCUGGAAAAUGGUACGAAGUGCUGAGAAAUGAUUUUGUAUAUACGUGACGUGAAUAAUUUCUACAAAAAUACUUCCA